GGCAUAAAUAAGUCGACGUCAAGCGCAUAAUGGAAAUUAUUGAUAUAAAUUAUAAAUUAUACUGCCUGCUUGUUUGUAUUCGGACUAUUCGGAGGUGAAACGCUCGAGAGGAAGAGAGAGAGAGAGAGAGCGAGAGAGAAAGUGUCGAAACGAAAUGAUGUCCACUACAGUACAGAGAAAUACGGCGACAAUACGGCGCUUUUAGAGAGACGCUUUUUGACAGACAAUCGUUACUAUCUUCGAUCAGGCAGGCAUGUUCAGGUACUUUUGGGCUCUGGUGUGCUGGUACUUCAGGCCCUUGAUAAAAUGGUUCUUGCACCACACCACGCAGAUGUGCGAAUUGCAGAGGAUCUGUUACGGACAGCCGUCCGGAGCACCGCGCGCUUUUGCAGUUGAGGAAACUCUUGGACAGUCGCGCAAUGCAAAUAUUAGGACCCUCGUAGCUUACUUGAAUGACAUUGCUGAUCACCGAGGGAUAACGACAAAAACGGAGCGCAAGAUUCUAGAGGAUGCCAUCAGAACCGUACUGGUGACGAAAAAAAUUAAUCCUACGGCACAUCCAGAUUUUGCCAAGACAUUUGGCAAAUGCGUGGAACUGAUCUGGGGCUACCGUCAGCUCUGCGUGGAGUGUGAAGAGUUUAGGAAGACACCGUAUAGUGCUGAUAAUCCGGAACACGAGGAGAAGCUGCUGAAGUUAUGGAACCUACUGAUGCCAUAUAAACCCCUGGAUGCAAGGGUAACCAAACAAUGGCAAGAAAUCGGCUUCCAGGGGGAUGAUCCUAAGACAGACUUUCGUGGGAUGGGAAUCUUAGGAUUAGAGAAUCUCAUUUACUUUGCUCAAGAGUAUCCUGGCAUGGCUAUGCAUGUAUUGUCCCAUUCAAAUCAUCCACGUUAUGGAUAUGCAUUUGCUAUAGUUGGUAUAAAUCUCACAAGCAUGGCUCUAAAGUUGUUAAGAGACGGUAGUGCUAAGACUCAUAUAUAUAAUUCCUCGAAGACCUUGCCGACAAUUCGUGCCUUUCAUCAGUUUUAUUGUUAUCUAUUUUAUGAAUUUGAUGGAUUUUGGAUUGAGUCCAAACCUAGUAAUAUGAUGGAAUUCUCAUCGAUACAAGAAAAAUUUGAAAACAGUAUCAGAAUAGCGUUAGCCAAUCCAUUAACUGUUUUUAGGAUAAACGUAGCAGUUGACAAUAUUUAAUACGAAUACAAAUUGCCUUUUAUUUGUAAGAAACAAGACCAAAAUGGUUAUAUAAGAAAUGAGUACAAUUUUUAGAC